UGGAAAAAUGAAAUCGUUCUUUAUAAAAUUAUGGAUCAUUUGUUGUGUACUAAAAUCAAAUAAUGCCAACACUACCAUAACGCCUUUAUAUAGAGAUGAAUUGCCACUAAUUAAUAAAACAAAAUCUACAGCUGAUUAUAUGUAUUAUAUAGCGGGAGGCAAUCGGGUGCCUUCAACACUAAAACUAAUCAAUUAUAUGGUUUCAAUUCGUACACGCAAUCCGCAAAGAUAUUUUGGAGACAAUCAUUUUUGUGCGGGCACUAUUAUAUCUAAGAAGGCAGUGUUGACCUCGGCCCAUUGUGUUAUGGAUAAGAGACGUGUUUUAACCAGAGCCCGCCGUUUACUUUUAGUGGCUGGUACACCAAAUCGUUUAGUGCCCGUCGAGACCACUGUGCAAUUUCCCGCCAAAAGUCUUACGGCCAAUACGAAUUUCAUACGUAACAAUGAAAAUGAUAUUGCCAUAAUUCAUUUAAAACAUGAAAUUCCCGAGGAUAAUGAAAAUAUCAAAAUUAUUAAAAUGCCCAGCGGUCCGCCAAUUUAUGAUACAAAUUGUACGAUUAUAGGUUGGGGGCGCAUGAUAAGGAAAGGUCCUUUGGCCGCAAUACCAUUACAUGUCAACGUUAGACUAUAUCAUCCCGGGGAAUGUAAACAUUUUCUAGGCGAACAUUAUCAUGAGGGUAUUUUAUGUGCUGGCGAUAGUUUGCAUUAUGAUGAGGAUCCUUGUCGUGGCGACAGUGGAGGCCCUUUGAUUUGUAAUGAUGAAUUAACGGGUGUUAUUUCAUGGACCACGGGCUGUGGUAGUGAUCGUUUGCCAAGUUUGUAUACAGAUGUCUGGUAUAAUAGGCAGUGGAUUGAGAAACAUUUAAAUGCUGCUUUGAGAGGUGGUAUUAAAACUCAUUUAAUUUUAGUUGUUAGCCUAGUUUUAUUGAUGUAAUUUCCCAAUAAACAUGAAAAUAAAUUAGAAUGUUAUUGAUCUAUUGCAUUUUAAGAUCA